AUGAAGAAUUCGGAUGGAGAAGACAUACUGUUGAACUUGAGACCUGAUGAAGAGAAAGACAAAACCCAUUUCACCGACAAGGAAUCUGGACAAGACAUGGAAAUCAUCGAGACUAUGCCAUUGUUGGAAUGGUUUGCAAACAACUACAAGACUUUUGGAGCUGCUUUGAAAAUCGUUACAGACAAAUCGCAAGAAGGUGCUCAAUUUGUUCGAGGAUUCGGAGGAAUCGGGGGUCUUCUUCGUUAUAGAGUAGAUCUGGCACAUGUCGAUUUAGAAGACGCGUUUGACAACAUUGACCUUGAUGACUAUUGA